AAGCUGAGAGAGAGAGAGAGAGAGAGAGAGAGAGAGAGAGAGAGAUGGGAAGGUAUAGAUCAAUCAGAGGAAGUACUUUCUUGUGCAUAAUCUACAUGUUAAGUACAGUAGUUGUCUAUGAAUCCAAGAAGAGAGGAGUUACAGCUGUGUUCGUGUUCGGAGAUUCCUUAGUUGAUGUCGGAAACAACAACUACAUCCCUUUCUCCAUCGCCAAAGCCAAUUUCCCUCCCAACGGCAUCGAUUUCCCCGGCAGAGUUCCCACCGGAAGAUUCAGCAACGGCUUGAACGCCGCCGAUUUCCUCGCAGAGAAGGCGGGACUUCCGAGUUCUCCGCCGUUUCUUUCACCGGAAAAUCAAAGGAACAUGUCGUCCUUUUUCGCCGGCGUUAAUUUCGCCUCCGGAGGCGCCGGAAUUUUCAACGGCACUUACCACAACGACAUCCUCGGUCAGUCCAUUUCGUUGUCGAGGCAAGUGGACUACUAUGUCCAUCACGUUCGUGGAGAUCUAAUAAGACUUGUCCAACCAUAUCACGAUGUGCGUACAUACUUAUCGAGAUCGGUAUUCGCGGUUGUGAUCGGAAGCAACGAUCUUCUCCAUUAUUUCCGACGGUCCGAUCUCCGGCGACGGACCUCUAUUCAGCGGUACGCGAGCUCCAUGGCUGCAAAGCUCAAAGAGCAACUGGAGAGAUUGUACGACAACGGAGCACGUAAGUUUCUGGCGGUCGGAACGGGGGAGAUCGGGUGCAUUCCGGCGAGGCGGUUGAAGUUCCGGGGAGCGAAAUGCGACGAAGAAGCGAAUCACGGUUCUCUCGCAUUCAACGAAGCGUUGAAAACGACGAUGGAGGAGCUGAAAGCUCAAUUGCAUGGGAUGAACUAUUCCUUCUUCGACUCCUACAAAGCCAUGCAUGACAUCAGCAACGAUCCCAUACUCUACGGGUUUAGGGAGAUCAAAGCGGGAUGCUGUGGGCUGGGGAAGUUGAGGGCGGAGAUACCAUGCGUUCCAUUUGCGACGUACUGUACGGACAGGGAGCAUCACUUGUUCUGGGACAUGUACCACCCAACUCAACAAGCCUCCCGAGUUUUCGUGGAUUUCAUCUUCGAUGGAUCUCCUGAUUAUGUUUUCCCCAUUAAUCUGAAACAGCUCGUUUCAGCUCCUUGAACGUAGUUGCCUGUUUGUUCUGUCCGAAAUACAGUAUUUUACUUUUUUCUAUUUAUUUUUAUUAUCCAUGGAUGAAGAAAAAAAUAGAAAAAAAUAAAAAUGAAUGCGGUGAGCGU